AUGAUUCCCCAAUCCCCUCCGCCCGCGAGCUCCCCCGGUCCCACCAUCCCCAAGAACUUCUUCAAUGCCUUCGCUCAGAUCGCCCAGCAUGCUGCCGCCGCAUUUGUGAUUCUUGUAUUCAUUGGCGGCAUCAUCCUCCUCAUCCACGUCCUAAUCUCGUGCUUCCGCCUGGUCUGGAGAGAGUACGCGGGGUACCUACGAAGGUUUGAAUGGUUCGACCGGGUGUUCAAGGCCCUGGAGGAGAGGAAAACCAAUGAGAUUUUUAAAGACCUCCCGCCGGUUGUGAAAUACAAAACUUGCGAGGGAACGGUGAAUCCGUGCACCGGUUGCGCCAUUUGCCUGGAAGAUUUCAAGGACGGCGAGUUGUGCCAGGUUCUGCCAUUGUGUGAUCACGCAUUCCAUUCGGGUUGUAUUAGGCCUUGGCUGAUUGCUAACCAAAGCUGCCCUAAUUGCCGGACUCCUAUUCAUGGUCAAAGUUGA